UCAGAUCAAGAGUCAAAUGUGUUUGAUAUUUAGGCUUUGGGCUCGGGGAGGCUCCGACUCGAUCCAUCGCAGUGAAAUAAUCGCAAUGACACCACACAAUUGAGGAUUUUUUGGACAAAAAUCGGUAAUAAUAAGCCUCGAAUCAGGACACGCCCCCCGAUCGUCGGGGAGGGUGCAAAUCGGGAUUAAAAUCUUCAAGUGUCUAAACAACACCAUUUAUCACUGGUCGUAUAUCUUUUUUGUCACGUCUUCUGUAAGAUUUCAGGAAGCCGCUUAUAUCGCAUGUAAACUGCGCCAGGGAUUACAAACAUGGAAUCGUGUGUUUUCAUCAUCUUGUCGUUGUUUGUCUUUUAUUCGGCUGGUGAAUGGAAGCUUCGAUUUGUCACAGUGUUAUAUCGCCAUGGAGACCGUUCUCCAGUCAAAGCCUAUCCAACAGACCCGUACCAAGAGAGUGCAUGGCCACAAGGUUUUGGACAGCUUUCUCAGGAAGGUAUGCAGCAGCACUUGGAGCUGGGCCAGUUUCUGAGAAAACGCUAUACUGGUUUCCUGGGUGAAGACUAUAAUCGCUUUGAGAUUGCUGUACGAAGCACAGAUUAUGAUCGCACUCUGAUGAGUGCUGCCUCAAAUCUUGCUGGUCUUUACCCACCCAAAGGCUCACAGGUUUUUCAUCCUGGUUUGGACUGGCAGCCUAUACCAAUACACACAGUCUCCCAGGACGAGGAGAAGCUGCUGUCAUUUCCUAUAGCAAACUGCCCACGUUACCAAUUGCUCAUGAAGGAGACAGAAAGAACAGAGAUCGUCCUCAAUAUCACCAAGACUUACAAAAUUCUUACACACCAUUGGAUUAAGGAUUUCCUGGAGAUGGUGCGGAAUAAAGCUGGGCUGAAGUCAACUUCCAUUGAGACGAUUUGGAGUGUCCAUGACACACUUUUCUGUGAGCAGAAGCAUGGCCUGCCCCCUCCAGCCUGGGUGACUCCAGACGUGAUGGAUACACUGAAGCUGCUGAAGAACUUUGGCUUCCAGCUCUUGUUUGGCAUCUAUAAAAGAGAGGAGAAGUGUCGGCUACAGGGAGGUCUCUUGCUGGAUCAGAUUAUUAAGAACCUGUCGGAUGCUACCACUUUAAACUCAAAUCAGCAGCUGAAGAUGAUCAUGUAUUCUGCACAUGACACGACCAUUGUAGCUCUUCAGGAGGCGCUUAAUGUGUAUAAUGGAUUACAGCCACCAUAUGCUUCCUGCCAAAUAUUUGAACUGCAUCAGAAUGAAAAUGGAUCAUUCUCUGUGGCAAUGUUUUACCGCAAUGACAGCUCUGUGGCUGAGCCGUACUCUUUAACUUUACCUGGCUGUGCCCAGCCCUGCCCCCUGCAGGACUUCAUUGGACUCACACAGUCAGUCAUUCCGACAGAUUGGCAAAAGGAUUGCCAGAUCAGCUCAUCUGCAAAUGACAAAGAUGUGAUUGUUGGGCUGGUUGUCUGUGGCUUUGUUCUUCUGGUCCUCGUUGUAGUGUUGUUUGUUGUGUUGUGCCGUCAAAGCGAGCCGGUCUUUGGUUACAGCCACAUUAUCAAUCAGAGGGAUGAUCACUCCUGACAUUCAUACCAGCUCCUCUGCAACGCAGAGUCAUCGGAUAGUGAGAGCCUAUAAAAGACCAGUCACACACACACACACAACAGCAGGUACUAUCAACUAUACACCCAACUGGGCUGCGAGGGAUCCUGUUUCAUCCUGACAUUUUAUUUUGAUAUGAAAAGUGUGAUCUUUCUUUUAUAUUGUUUUUUUUGUUUUUGUUUUUUGAAGAAAGGACACUCUUCCACCCCAAUUUUCUCCCUAAUCUUGGCCAGUUCCCACCCUCUAGCCAGCUCUCCCCUAUCACACAACAGCUACCAACCAGAGAGGGUGAAGGCUAUCACAUGCUUCCUUCAAGGCUUGUGAAGCCAACUGACUAUUUAUUUUCAAACUGAUGCUCCUGCAAUGUCAGAGGUGGCGUGACACACUCGGAGGAAAAUGUGGUCCUCCCACUUCCGCACACGAGCUCACAGGUGCCCACAAUUGGGUAGUGUCACUGUGAUUCUUGUGGGAGAGAGAUUAUGCCACCCCUCCCUUCCUGAGAGCACAGCCAAUUCCCAGCUCCCGGCCACAGAUGGCUCUGGCAUCAUUAUGUUUCAAACUAGCAAUAGAGAGCAUUACUUGAGUCUAUUGUUUGUUUCCAUGUCUCAAAAGAAGAACUGAAAUGUGUGACUUUAUUUUUCUUAAUUGUUUAAUUUUUAUAUUGGAAUGAUUGUGUGAUCUAAAAUAAUUACCAAAUGUAUGCCAUUUUGUGUCUGUUGUAUAGAUUUUCUAUUCCUGCCUCAGCAUAUGCUUAUGUUGGGUGAAAACACUUUUAUGGUUUAUAUACCAUAAAGUGGCUGGACACUUUAUUAGGAACACCUGUACACCCGCCUUUCAUGCAAUUAUCCAAUCAGACAAUCAUGUGGCAACAGCACAAUGUAUAAAAUCAUGCAGAUAUGACAAGAGUUUGGGUUAAUGAUCAUUAGAAUGUGGAAAGAUAUGAUGUCUGUGAGUGUGGCAUGGUGCUGGAAGUUUUGUUUGAGUAUUUUAGAAACUGUUGAUUUCUUGGGAUUUUCACACACAGCAGUCUCUCUAGCGUACACAGAAUGGUGCAGAAAACAAAAAACGUCCAGUAAGUAGCAGUUCUGCUGGUGGAAACACCUUAUUGAGGAGAGAGGUUAGAGGAGAAUGACCAGACUGGUUUGAGCUGACCCAAUGGUACCCACUCUUUAUAAGUGUGGUGAGCAGAAAGCCACAAUGGGUUGUACCCCUAUCGGCCAUGAACAUGAGUCUGAGACUACAAUGUGCACAAAAGCACCAGAGCAGGAUCAUCAUUGCUUGAAUGUCCAAUGAAACAUUUUGCUCUUGGCUUUAAACCCUCAACUUUUCUUGCUGUAUUGCAGUAAAGUGGCUACAAGAAAACUUUUUAUGUUUUUAAAGAGUACUUCAAGCCUGGCCAGAUUAAACUACUAUAUGACUGUUAUCCAUCCUCUCUAGUCAUAAAUGUUGUAUAGUGAUGGCAGCUAUGCAAGUCAGAUGUUCUACUCUUUAACCAAAUUUAAUCAGGAAACGCCAAAAAGUCUGACAGUAUACCAGCAUGUGAGUUUACUAACAGAAGGUUGUUAGAGGUAAAUGUGUUUCUAGAUUAAUUAACAUACUUGUUCAGAACUUGACCCCCUUUGAUUUUCAUGGCCAUGUUUUAAAUGCCACUUUGUCAUUGCAAAUUAAUCCAGGUAUAUAAAAAGUUGAAAUCAAAGACUUAAGCCUUCCUACUGCUUUUUAUGGUCAAAUUUAAUCUGGUACGAACAUCUGGUUUUGUUAAGGUACACCAAUCAUACACCACCAAUCUUCCUUUCUUAAAGACUGAGCUGCCACUGCGCAUUUAUUCAAACAUGCAUACAUGCAUACACACACAAAACAUGUUUAUAUAAUUUGUAUAUGUAUAUGGUCUCGUGAUGGUAUCAUGAUACUGCAUCAGCUAUUACAUUUUGGGCACCCUUAUGGGCAAUCAAUAAAUUAAACCCUUGCACAAUAAGAUUCUGUCAUGUCGCGAGAUGUAAGGGAGAAGAGUACGGAAGCAGGUAAAGACGUAUUUAUUUAAGGGCAGGCAGACAAAUCCAAAUCGUAAUCCAAAAAACUUAGUCAAGACAGGCAAAGGUUUAUUGGGCGAUCGGCAAACAGGCAUAAACGGGGCAAAGCAGAAAUGAAAGUCACGGUCACAGAAAACAGGGUCACAACACAAAACAAGAAACAUGAACUAGUACUAUGGACUGGGAGCGGAAAAACAGCGGGGACUAAAUGAACUAAUCAAUAGUUUAAACUAACUAAAUCUAUCAAGGAACAUAACAUUAACAACGUGUGAAACUAUACUAUAUCUACUAUAACACUCCGCGAGGUGUACAGGGACGCGAGCGGUAUAUAUCCCCAAUGUAAUUAGCCAUAUAGAACCGAAUAGAACCAUUUUUUGCACUCUUGUCAAUGCACUUUUUAAUGCACUUUUUUGUUGUAGGCUACAGAGUGUUACAUUCUUUCAGCAGUCAGUUAUAGGCCCAACAUAGGCUAUUCAAGGGGGGCUCAAAGAUGACCACAUAAAAAUAUUUUUAUUUUACUCAUUUAUUUAAAGUUAUAUUGUGCCUUGUUGGUAGCCUAUGCCUGCUGGAAUGAAAAAAAAUGUUCAGUGUUAAAUAAAUAUUUUGAAAUUGUA